CGCUCUCUCGCUCUGUGCCGUGUGCCGCUCCGUGUGCGUGCAGCUUCCCAGCGCGCCAGCGCACGCUCACGAAUAUAAAUCUGGCCAUCGUGCUACUCCCUUGAUGCUUACCCAUCGACUCAUCCACCAUCUCAUACUCCAUCACACCUACCGACCGACUCGCGCACCUUCCUUGCUCUCCACCUUCGUUUACCAGCACAUGGCUCUCUCUCCCAAGCCCAUGUUGCCGAAGGGCGAAGGUGCAGAUAUGAACGACGUGCAGGAUGUCGACAGCCAAAUUGAUAGCGGCCUCAACGCGCCAAAUGCUAACAGCGGGACAGCAAACGCGGCAUCGUCCGCCUCUUCCUCCCCAUCUGUCUCCACUGCGAGCGAGUCCACACUGCGCGCAGUCAACAUUGUUCCCCGCAUUGCUUCUGGUUCCCCCAGAGACACUCGGCCCGUCAUGCACAUGGGUGAGACGUCAGAUGAAGCGCCGGGCGAAACGUUGUGCGAAACAUCAGAUGAGACGCCACCCACAUCCCCCUCCCUUCCCUCCUCUUGCAUUUCAUCCCAAUGCCCAACCCCUCAGUCCGACAGACCGCCUACAUCCCUUUAUCACGCGACCUCGCCCUCGCGGUCGCGGUCGCGCUCCCGCUCCCGCUCCCAAAGCAGCCUCGCCCUUCACGUGCUUCCGGGCACAGUCCUCAGACGCCCCGAUCCCAUCAUGUCUCCGCUGAAGUGGCCGUCCUCGAGCAUUCCCAAGAAGAAGUCGUCCAUCCCCGAUACAUGGCACCCGGACGAGUGCCGCGGCAACUGGGCCGGCGUCAACAUGGGCCGCCAGUGCUGCCCUGUGUUCGCUCGCUUUGGCGUUUGCACGUGUCACUGGUGUGGGAGGCUGCUCCAAAUUCCAGGCCCACCCAUGAACGGGUUACCGCGUACGAGCAGGGAACAUGAUGACUGGGUGAGAGAUGAGGCCGAGCGCGCACGAGCUUCCUCGGGAAACGGAGGUGUGUUGUCGGGGGAGGGGGAGGAGGAGAGCGAACCAGACAGUGUGAGUGUGAGGAGUCACGCCAGUUGUGAGAGCAUCACCUGAUGUCUCGCAUCAGCGUCCUCUAGAGCAACAGGGCGACAAAGUGUUUACGUGCGACGAGUCCCUUUGAUUCCCAAUUGUCUCUUCUUUGGAGCAAAGCAAAGA